AUGGAGACAAUAGAGAGUCGAUUCCGUACAGUCGAGUGGUGCAAGGAGAAUAUGCCAAAAGCAAUACGAUUGUAUCACCAGAAUGUCGACGUAGAUCAAUACAAUAAAGAAGCAGUACCAUCUGCAAUGGAAUGUGUCACUCACGACUUGAUUGUGGGUUACAGGAAUUCUGCAGAACUAACCAAUGCUCGAACAAAAUUGCACAAGAUGAGUGUGGUUAAAACAAGUGGUCUGCCCUAUAUGCUGAAUCUCGCUACUGGACACCCAUACAUGAUAACAACCAAUAUUGAUGUAGAAGACGGCCUCGUAAAUGGUGCUAUUGGUGAAGUCAUGCAUAUCGAAAUACUUGAUUGUGAUCCACAACAGCCUGCAGCCGGACCCAGCAGCUCAUCUAAUCCUAGUCAGUUGUCUAGUGACCUUCAAGUAUGGCUUAACUUUGAACACCAAAAUAUCGGACACAAAGCGCGAAUUAAGAGUCGUCCACAUGUCUUAGCUCAGCUCGAUACUCUGCAGGUUGACUGGACACCAAUACGAAUGUGUACAGGCACAAUAUCUCUCAGUAAUACCAUCAAGUGUAAACGAAUCCAGUUUCCACUCAUUCCAGCUUGCGCCAUCACUAUCCACAAAUCGCAAGGUGGAACAUUCAAUGAGAUUGUGGUUCAAUACGAUCGAGCUCAGCACACUCAACUCGUAUAUGUAGCUCUGAGCCGGGUUACUUCACUUGAAGGUUUAUACCUAACCAACAAACACAAUGAUUUCAAAUUUUACCACGGUCUUGGAACGACGUCUUCAGUUACGAAGGAAAUAAAAGAAGAAUUCAAACGCUUGGAACAACACCGUCUACAAACCUUACUGUGUUCCGCUGAGCAAUUUUACAAUGCAUCUGACACCAGUCAAUUCGAGAGUAACAAUACCACCGAUCCAUAUAAAUAUGUCGUCGUAGUAAAUACAAAUGUGCAAAUAUCACUGCCCACUACAAGGACAUUGCCACUGAUCUCAUUCUCAGACGUGCUGAGUAUUUAG